AUGGGAAUAAAUACAUCGUCCCCAAUUCAAUAUUCAAUAGAAGUAUCUGAAAAAAAAAAAGGUGAAACUUCUAUAAGACGCUAACCGUAAACAAAAUAAGGAUUAAAAUCAAUUCCAAAGCCAAAUAUAACAGAUAUGUAAAAGGCAUGGAUUGAUUCUUUGUAAAGAAAUAAAGACGAGCUUUGUUUAUUUACAAGAAAUCCACAAACAAAUAUUUACGAGGGAAAAACAUACCAUGAAGUCCAUGAAUUAGCUUUAGCAAUUGGGAGUGCAAUUAUUAAUUUAAAUUUAAUAAAAAAUGUUUAAGAGUUAUCUUUGAUUGGCAUUUUCGCAAAAAAUUGUGAAGAAUGGACUAUUUUAGAUGUUUCUAAUAUGCUUUUUGGACAUGUUUUAGUUCCUUUGUAUGAAACUAUAGGACUUUAAUUUUGUUUGGAACAUUCUGAAAUAAAAACUUGCUUUGUGAAUUCUUUUUCUUUAAAUAUACUAUUAAAAAUUCCAACUUUGAGCUGUUUUUUGGAAAAUAUAGUUUCUUUAGAUGAAAAUGUUUCAUAAAAUAUUCUUAUAUAAUUAUAAGAUUUAAAAAUAAAUGUAUUUUAUUGGAAAGAUUUAGUUUCUUUAGGGAAAAGCAACCCACAAAAAAUUAAUAAAAAUAUAAAUUCGUCUUAAAUUCUUAGCUUUUCAUAUACUUCAGGUACUACAGGUAUCCCUAAAGCAGCAAUGCUUUCUCAUAAAAACUUUUUAGCAGUCCUUACUUCGUUUUAAAGCCAUUAAGUAAUUAAUUUUUCACAAGAAGAUGUUCAUUUAAGUUAUUUGCCACUUUCACAUGUUUUCGAAAGGGUUUUUAUACAUGCUUUAUUAUAUGCAGGGGCUAAAAUAUAUUAUUAUUCUGGAGAUGUUAAGAAAAUAAAAGAUGAUUUAAAUGAUGUAAAACCAACAUUUUUUAUAAGUGUUCCUCGUUUAUUUACUAGAAUAUAUGAAUUAAUAAGUUAAAAAUUUUAAAGAAUUUCUGGAGUGAAGCGCUUUUUGUUGGAUUUGGCAGUUUCUACUAAACUUUAUAAUCUAAAACAUGGAUAAACUUCUCAUUUUUUUUAUGAUAAUAUUAUUUUUAAUCAAACUAAGGCCUUUUUUGGCGGGAAAUAUAAAUUUUUGGUAACAUCAUCCGCACCAAUUUCAUAAGAAAUUCUUUCUUUUAUAAAAAUAAUAUCGUGUGUACCUGUUAUUGAAGGAUAUGGGUAAACUGAGUCCACAGGAGCUUCAUUUUCAACUCAUUUCGAAGAUCCAUAAGGAGGACAUAUAGGUGGUCCUACUUGUUGUGUAGAAUAUAAACUUAAAGAUGUGCCAGAAUUGGGUUAUUUUUCAAAUGAUAUUGAUGAUAAAGGAAAUAUAUAGCCCAGAGGAGAAAUAUUAUUAAGGGGUCCAGCUAUAUUUGAAGGUUAUUUUAAAGAAAAAAUGCCUUUUUUAGAUGAUGAAGGGUGGCUUAUGACUGGAGAUGUCGGUAUGAUUGAAGGAUAAAAUUAAAGAUUAAAAAUUAUUGAUAGGAAGAAGAAUUUCUUCAAAAUGUAAUAAGGAGAAUAUGUUGCUCCAGAAAAAGUAGAAAAUGUCCUUUUGAGAUUUAGGGGAGUAAAUGAAGUUUUUGUGUAUGGAAAUUCGCUUGAAAAUUAUUGCAUUUGUAUAGUUUUUGGAGAAAAAGAGGCACUUUUGAAUAUUGCAAAAGAAUUGAGAAUUUAAUAAGAAAAUAAUGAAAAUUAUGAUGUUUUUAAAGAUUUUCUUGUUAAAGAUUUGUUUUUGAAAAAACUGGAGAGUUUCGGGAAAGCAGAAGGGUUAUAAGGGUUUGAAAUUCCAAAGAAAGUAUAUUUUAUUAAGAAGUCUUUUUCUGAAUAUGGAUGUAUGACAAGUAGUUUUAAAAUUUAAAGACAUUUGGCUAGAGAUAUUUUUAAAUAGGAAAUUUUAUCUAUGUAUGAGAAGAAAGUUUGAUUUUUAUAUUUUUUUUAUGAUAAAUAAUAAAAAAUGAAUAUAAAAUAAUUAAUAAUUUUU